AGCAACCCACCUCUCCUCUCCGUCUUCUCCCACGAGCUAGGGUUCAAUUCAUCUCCGUCCUUCUCGAGUCUCGAGCUCGACACAUCCAUCCAUCCAUCCAGUCCGAGCUGGCCCAGACACGUCCACCUCGCCGUCCUCGUUAAGCCCCUCGAGUCCAGUCCGCGGGGCCGCGGAGAUGAACUGCGAGACCUGUCAGCUGAAGGAGCUGGAGCUGGAGCCUCGGGAGAUCAAGGAUGUGCUGCGAUGCAUUUUACACACCAUAUUCUUCCACAGAACCUUGAGUCUUGUUCGGCCCAAAGAUGUUGAUUGUGAUUUCUUUGAGAUCACCUAUGUACAAUGUGGACUCCCUGAAUUAGAAAAGGAAGUUGAUGAAAAGAUUGACCAGUUUGUCGCUUGGAUAGAGAAACAUCCAAAUCGAAGCAGUCAGGUUUGCCUCUCCUUUUUCGAUGAGAAAAGCAAACAUCCUAGUUGGUUUAGCAACAAGACAGAGCGUAUUUAUUGGGAACAGUGGUUCAUCAAUUUGCAUGUAAUAAGCCCAAAAAGGCAUGGCAAAUCACAUAGCUCUAAAGCAUUAACAAAUAUUGGAGGGCAGGCAUUGGAAGAGAGUAGCUCAAGGCGCGCUGCCUUGGAAUCAUCAAUUCAUGAAGUACUAUUCCAGAUCAUAAACUUUGCCAAUGAGAAAAAGGACCACAUUCCUGCAAUCCCUGAUAGAAUAUUCAAUCAUGAGAUCUCCAUCCCAAGGUGACACGUUUUCCUUGGACGUGUUGACAGCUCGCCGGAUUCUAUGUUUGGAUGGAACACAGAUGUUCUUAGGAGGGUAUUGAAUAGUGGGCACCCAUACUCACUCUAGCUCAAGAUGGCUAAUGCUGCCAUAAGGUGCAGUAGAUGGUUUAUUGCCAGUCACCGUCACCAUUGUGCUCUCAAGGGACAAAAGUUGUGUACAGAAUCAAUGCAUGCUGCCCUAACAGCGUGCUCAUCUGACUUUGUAAAUAUUUGGGCUAAUUUGAUUUUUAGUUUGACCAAUAUCACACAUCGGAUGGCUCACUUUAGGGGUGUUACCUGUUACUGUCAAUGGAAUUUUUAUCCUUGUAGUGGACUACCAAUUAAUCUUUCCA